AUGAAUAAUCUUCCGCAAGCAAUAUUUCUGCUUCUAUUUAUGGCUCCUCCUACAACCUUUCAAUUCUGUGCCACAGAUGGCAGCGAUCCAACUCCUACAUGGGCUCCAUCAGACUCCUGUACAGACGAGGCGUUUGCCAGUAUUAAAGUUCCACCAGUUCUCAACACAUCAGAUCAGACAUAUGCACAACAUGACUGCGGGAUAGCAGUGAUUCUGGAUUUGGAUCAGAGUUACACAUCCAAAGAGGGGUUUUCAAAUGUGCAGUUCUUCAUCCGUGAUACUAUCGCAGGAUGUAUGUCCAGAAGCAUCGGCUAUCGGACUUACAUCUAUCCGAUGUUUAACUCUUCGAUCCAAACUGUUUGUUGCGCUGAAGACGUGUGCAGCCAGCAGAUCGAAUUAAUGGACUAUUUUGAAUACGUUGUCAACUACGGAUCUCUGGAGCCCGUCCAAAACGAGACUAAAGAAGCAAAUUUUACAUAUGCUUUAGUGGAUUUGAUGAAACAGUUCGCUAAGCCGAGUACGAAAUGCCUCUACAAUACGAUUGUUCUCUUGACAAAUCGGAUAUUCGUGACCAAUCAGACUUUACUAGGAAGGGACGUUGCGAACAUCGUGAAUUACGGCUGCAUUACAUUUACUAUAAUCGCUCUGGGCAACACUGGUAUCACCCAGGAGAUGAUGUUUCAGUACUACUCCGUCUACACACAACGACUCUUUAUUGUGCCAGGAUACAAUUGCAUAACGAAGUUAGACAAGUGCGUACGACCAUGCGGUGCGGAAGGUGCUACCGACUGCCAAAAUGAGCAGCUCACAAGCUGUCCGUACCCAACAAGCUCCACUACCGUACCGACCACCACAACUGAGCUUAAAACAGCGACAACUACGACGGCUGAUCCAAGCCUGAGCGACUACUGGCAUAUUUUCUACCUUUUUGCGCUCUCCAACAGAACUAGCAACGACGAGUUCCAACGUGCUGUCAAGUUCAUCGCGACGCCCCUACAACAGUGCAUGAAAUCAAGUGUAAAGGUAACUGCCCGCUUCUUGGCGAAGAAUGGGGUCGACUCUGGGUGGUUGACUCACCUCGAACACGUGAAUAAAUUUUUAGAAACGCUUAGUGCUGACGAGAUUCUUUUGAAUGCAGCGGAAACAGUCGACGUCUUGGAUAACACAACUCUGGUUCUUGUGAACGAGGCGGUUAGGAUCCCUAUACUUCAAACCUACACCGAGGAUGAACCUCGUAUCACGCUUAUGACAGAUUUCGUUUCCCAGAAUUUCGUGACAGCGUACAAUGACCGAAACGGAGCUCUUCUGAAACAAUUGCAACCGUUCUUUUUUGAAAUAAUAGCUUUCAAUACGCAAGCAGCAGCGGUUUACCGGAAUCAAACUUCUAUUCCUCAGAGCCACAUAAUCUCGGACCCGGACUACGGUGACAAUCCGAAAAACAUGGUCAACUUAUGUUCUUUGAAAAAAACUUCCGUGCCGACGAUCAUGAUUGUCAUUAUUGGAACUUGUGCUGGGGCAGUGCUGAUUUUGAUUGUAGCUACCAUUCUCUACAGGCAAAAGUACAUGUGGAUGGAGAAACUGAAUAGGUUCCGGAAUCACCAUCGCGAUGACAAUGCGGAUGACGAGGACGAGAUCGAGGACAUCAUCCCAUCUCGUCGAGGGGGUUUAGCAUCUUGGGAGCCACUCUACGGUUCUUUUAGUCCACCUAUCGUCGAUACUACUCGUAAUGUGGCCGGCCCAUCUAUGCAUCGUUUUUGA